AACAUUGAUUUAUUCGCAUUCAAAAGAAGAAUGCUUCAGUCAACAGUUGAAUGUUUGUAUUUGACACCAUUCAUGCUUCGAUCGACAUCAUUAUACUGUAGUAGUGCCGAGUCUGAUACCACGUUGGUCAGUGUAAGUUCCAGAAUAAUCAGGAGAUGCCGAUCCGUACAGAGAGUAUUCAUAUGGAAAUCGACAGACAACAGAAAUGAGUACUAACAAGUUAUCCGGGAUCACGUUAAUUUUCCUGUCGGCAUUGAUAUCAACAGCCGUGUGUGUGAAUGCAAAUUAUAUUUGGAGGGAAAAUGUAACAGAAGAGAACUUUAUCUAUAAUGAUGGCGUUGUGCUUACACAACAGACGUCAAACGCCAUUAAGUGUGCACGAGCCUGUAAAUCACACUCCAUUCCGUGUUUAGACAUUACCUACACGACAACGACAGAGGAGUGCCGAGGGUACAGCGGACUGUCACAUGACUCUAUCAGUCAAGCGAACACCAAAAUGUGGCGACACGUCUGUCGGCUAGACGGGUACACAUACGACCCGACCUUCCGUGUGUGUAUUCGUCUGUACACCACCGCUAAGACCUGGUUCGAAGCUUCGGAGUCGUGCUCUAAUGACACAGCAUAUCUCCUUAUACUGGACACACUGGAGAAAGUGCAGGCCACGAAAACUGGUGCUCACAAGGACCUUUUCUCAGAAUCACACAGUUGGUGGGUCGGAGGCUACGAUUAUGACAUCGGAACAGCAAAUGACUUCAAAUGGAGCAAUGGUGAAAGUAUUGCCAUACCAAGUGAUAUUUGGUUUCUACCGAACCAGCCGGACAAUCAAGCUGAAAUGUGUGUAAAUCUGUACAUAAACACCCCUGGGAUCAAUGACCAAGAAUGUGAUGAUUUAUUGUAUUAUGCGUGUCAGGAAGACAUUUAACUCCAAGAAGACUCGUGUGCAUUUCUUCGUCUAUAAAUUCACCUUCCUAAUCGGCACAUCUGUCAAUAAAAUGCUCCUUUACAUUUUCGUUCAUUGUACUGUAAACGUUGAAAUUUACGUGAGGUGGAAAUUUACGCUAAUAACGCAGAAUCCUUUCGUUCGCGAAAAUUCACCCCUCUCGUAUUAUUUUGAUACCAAUUUGCGUAAUCUUGAACUACAAGAGAAAGUGGAUCGAUCGCGAAAAUUACCCCCACGCGUAUAGUUUACAUAUUGACAUCGCAAAAUCAACCCCCGCGAAAAUAAUCAUGUUUACAGUAUAUAAAAUGUGUUUAAAAUUGUCAUUGGAUGAAA